AUGGCUCGUACCCAUGUGUCCAAACGACCGAAGCAACAAGGGCGAGGAGCUCCAUCUACACGAGAAAAAGACCGCGAGAGUACGACAAAGGAGAUUGGUAGCGAAGAGAAACGUGGAAUGCUGCUGCCUCUUCUUGCAAGUUGUGGCGUGGCUCUCGUCGUAAUGGCUCUUGGGGUGCUCCUGCGACCGACGCAGCCGCAAGGGCUAAUACCGACGCCCGUUCAUGAUUUGAACUCGGAAGAGCAAGCGAGAGUGGAAGCACGAGAAGAGAGACCGAUGGAUGCGCGUCCUACGGUCGAAUUCCUCGCCAAGUAUCCACACGACGCUGCAGCGUUUACUCAAGGCUUUACGGUUGUCAAUCGAGGCGAUGAGAAGCUCUUUAUCGAGUCAACGGGGCUCUAUGGAAAGUCGACUCUGCGUCGCGUUGAUAUUGAGAGUGGGAAGGUGGUGAAGCAGUACGAUCUGCCCGAAGAGCUAUUUGGAGAAGGCGUGACGCUCGGUCCAAACAACGAGCUGGUCAUGCUCACGUGGAAGAGUAAGUCCGGGUUUGUGUUCAACCUGGACGAGACCGCAGACGGAGAAGCAGACGGCUUUGCAUUGCGCAGCAAGUUCUCUUUUGAUACCACUACUGGUGAAGGCUGGGGUAUUACUUUUGACGGUAAGGAUCUCGUCGUCUCGGACGGAUCGUCGACCGUGAUGUUCUGGGACCCUUUGACGAAGAAAGAAGUGAGGCGCAUCGAGGUCACAAUCUACAAUGGCAAUCAGCCGAUCGCGCAUGUCAAUGAGCUGGAAAUCGCCAAGGGUUUCAUCUACGCGAACGUGUGGUACCAGCCGUACAUUUUGAAGAUCGACCCAGAGACCGGUGCCGUUGUCACUAUGUUCGACUUGUCGAAACUUCUCGCAGACGCUGGAGCUGACAUAUCCGCCGGGGAAGUCCUCAACGGCAUCGCGUACGACGACACUGAAGACGUGUUCUACGUCACGGGGAAGCUCUGGAACUCUGUCUACAAGAUCCGUCUUGUCGACCCUGUGCAGUGA